AUGUUAUGCUUUAUGCUAAAGACUGGCCCUAUCAGCCCUAUCCAGCCCUUAUGGAUAUUUUAUUACCUCACCUCCCUCCCCUCGAGACAAAUAUAUCUUCUCAAAAUCCCAUUAUUAGAUAUCAAUAUCAUUUCCAUACCGCAGCUUUACUGCGAGCGCUACUAUCAGAACCUAAAGCCGAUACUAAAUUACGACUAUAUUAUACUCGAGGAAGGUAUCCAGAUUGAGUGCUUACUUCACGGACGGAGCGACAAUACCGUCAAGAACUGGUGGAACAGUAGCCAGAACCGCCGCAAGAGGCUGGACCGCCGACGAGCCGUUAAACCCUAUAAUGAACACUGCAGCCGAAUAGCACUCCCCAUUUUGACACCGACACUUCCCUUACCCAGGACACAGUUAUCGACACAAUCGACCCCGGGCCACCGACACCCAAUGCCCUGGGUGGAAGCUCCCUUCCCAUCCCCUUGCUCAUCUGAAUCAGCCGAGUCAGAUUCAGGCUCCAGCUACACAACGUCGCCGGGCCGGUAUUCAUUAUUGCUGCAUAUGCCGGUAGAGCUACCUCCACUCCGCACCACCUCGGUGCCGUCGUCUGGUGACCCCAAGCUCCCCAGCCUGAGCUUGUUGGCCUCGCCCUCCUUUGGAGACAUGCGUGAAUCUCAGCCUCGACUACCUCCGCUGGUGCCCCAGAGCCAGUUGCCUACGGCACCAAACUCCCCUGUCCAGCAGCAGCCUCAACUACGACAACAGCCGCAGGUGCUCUCGGACAAGGACUCACGGAUGAAUGUGGCUGCUCUCUUGGGAUGA